CCUUUCCAGGAUCUCGGCGUCGAGGACCUCGACCCGGAGAUGGCCGCCAUCAUGAAGAAGGAGAAGCAGCGCCAGCGCCUCGGCCUCGAGCUCAUCGCGUCUGAGAACUUCACGUCGAGGGCGGUGAUGGAGGUGAACGGCUCGUGCCUCACCAACAAGUACUCCGAGGGCCUUCCCGGCAAGCGCUACUACGGCGGCAACGAGUUCAUCGACGAGACCGAGCGCCUGUGCCAGAAGCGCGCGCUCGAGGCGUUCAGGCUCAAGGAUGACGAGUGGGGCGUCAACGUCCAGGCGCUCUCCGGCUCCCCCGCCAACUUUGCCGUGUACACCGCGCUGCUCAACCCGCACGACAGGAUCAUGGGCCUCGACCUGCCCCACGGCGGCCACCUCACGCACGGGUUCUACACCCCCAAGAAGAAGAUCUCCGCCACCUCCAUCUUCUUCGAGUCCCUGCCGUACAGGCUCGACGAGGACACCGGCCUCAUCGACUACGACGCCCUCGAGGCCAACGCCAUGCUGUACCGCCCCAAGCUGAUCAUCGCCGGCGCGUCCGCGUACCCGCGCAACUACGACUACAAGCGCAUGAGGGAGAUCUGCGACAAGGUGGGCGCCUACCUCAUGUCCGACAUGGCGCACAUCUCCGGCCUCGUCGCCGCGAACAUCGUGGACGACCCUUUCCCCUACAGCGACAUCGUCACCACCACGACGCACAAGUCCCUCCGAGGCCCCCGCGGCGGCAUGAUCUUCUACAAGAAGGAGCACGAGCAGGCCAUCAACAGCGCGGUGUUCCCCGGCCUCCAGGGCGGUCCCCACAACCACACCAUCGGCGCCCUCGCCGUCGCCCUCAAGCAGGCGACCACCCCCGAGUUUGUCGAGUACCAGAAGCAGGUUGUGAAGAACUGCGCCGCGCUCGCUGGCAGGCUCACCGAGCUCGGCUACACCCUCGUCUCCGGCGGUACCGAUAACCACCUCAUCCUCUGCGACCUUCGUCCCAAGGGCAUCGACGGCGCCAGGGUCGAGCGCAUCCUCGACCUCGCCCACAUCACCCUGAACAAGAACAGCGUCCCCCGCGACACCUCGGCGCUCAUCCCCGGCGGCAUCCGCAUCGGCGCCCCCGCCAUGACCACCCGCGGCAUGCUCGAGGAGGACUUCGUCCGCGUCGCCGACCUCAUCCACAAGGGCGUCGAGAUCGCCAUCGAGUGCAAGGCUGCGGCGGAGGGACCCAAGCUCAAGGACUUCAACGACUACCUCGCCGCCAACGACCGCGCCGACAUCAAGGCUCUGCGCGAGGAAGUGGAGAGCUUCGCGGAUGGGUUCCACAUGCCCGGGGGUGUCUACUAAGUUAUGCCCGGCGCAGGAGAAGCCCGGGUCGCAUUGCACAUAGUCUCACAAUUACCUGUGUCAUAAUAGAGAUACGCGUAUAGCCACGGCAGUGUCGUCCAACCUUCGACCGCGGUAGUCACGCUGGCACCUCCUUUUCCAAUCCACCCAGGGUCCCCCCACUGCCCUGGGAAUGAAUUUUUCGACCGUUUGACCCUGAAUUUACGCACUGUUGGCGCGCGCCUCGGACGCCCACGGAGGACCGCACAAACGCGGCAUCGCACGCACGAUGUCGCGUCCGUCGGAGCUCGCGAGACGGAUAGCUCAUUUCCGCAACAAGGAUCCGAGGUGCGCUCCGGCCCGCGUCCCGCUCCCCGCGUCAACUCCCCUUCCCCAACCUUCCUCGGCUCGUCAUCUCG